UCUCUCUCUCACUUUUCAAGAUUUUCCAUCUGAUUUCUCCAGAUUCUAUUCUGUUUUCCAUUUCCUCGCCCCUAAAAAAAAAACUCAUAUCUCUUCUUAUCUAUUUAUUCAACUCCAAAGAGCACAAGUUCGGUCCAAACAAAAUGGGGUACCCAGAAAAGAUGGAUGGUGGUGUUGAAUCAGAGGGAAAGAAAUGUUGGGUCAUUGCUGGAAUUCCAUUGCGGAGUCCAUUGAAGCCCAUAUUUACUACUCCAGAGAAACAGAGAGAGAAUGAUGAUGGAGAAGAAUGUUCAACUACACCGACAGCCGAAGAAGCCAGAAUUCCAAGCAAGCUGAUGUGUCCACCGCCUCCGAGGAAGCGAAAGCCUUCUUCAAGGUAUCAUUAUAAUGGCGUUAAGGAGUUCUUUACUCCACCAGACUUGGAAACUGUAUUCAUUCGCCGCGUUGAAAGGACUUAAUUUUAAAAUAAAUGUCAAGUGUAACACUGAUAUCAUUUGACUAGGGUUGUUCUUGUACUUUGUUUAUGAUUUUUAGCUCUUCUCUAGUGGGUAAGAGUUCAUGUACAUGGUUUUAUGAAUCAAUAAAAUGGAAAUUUUAUGUGACUUUGGUUUCA